AUGUCUUCGUACUACGAACCACAGGGCUGGCAGGCUCCUGCUGCGCGCCAGGUCUCCUGGGAGCAGCCCGUGCCGCCGUCUCGGUCAGGCUCAAGCUCGGUCUCCCAGCGCGAAGAUAGCCCGGCCUUUUCGUCUCAAUUUGACGAAAUUGAUCGUGCGAUCGACAAUCUCGUCAAGAGCGGGAAGUUGUGGAAUGCUCCUCGCCGGGACUCGAUGCCCAUGAUGAUGGGUCGUCCCUAUCCCGACUACGACCCUCGUAUGGGCGGCAAUGGCGGCCCCCAGCGACACCACUCGGUGAGCGAGUUCGAAGGCUCCCGAAUGCCCCCCUCCGGCAAUGCGCAGGGUUUCUAUGCCUCGCAGCGGUACCAGGGACGCCCAAAUGAAGUAGAACAGAUGAUGCAGGCGAAGCGACGGAUGGCAGCUCAGCGUGAACGGGAGCUCCGCAACUAUCAUCAGGAGCAGCAGUACAACCGAAGCCUCCUCGCCGAGAUGUCUGCAAACAAAUCCGAUCGAUCCCUCAGCCCAGCUGCCGUGAGCGAAGACAGUCGCCGAGACCUCCUGGCUCGCCAGCACCGGGCUCUGUACGGCAAUGAGAGCCCGGCUUUCUUCCCCCCUGGCCCCCUGCCAGACGACAACUCUCGCCCUGAGAGCCAGGCUGCUGGUACCCCCUCGUCGGCCGCUCGUGGAGCGUCCCCGCGGGGUGUGGACCCAUUCGGUCUGAACCAGGUCCUCGCUGCUACCGACGGUGCACCCGGUCUGCAGUCUAGCUCUCGGGCUAAUAGCACAUCCUCGCCCAGCUCGGCUAUCAACGCCAGCUUCCCCGAGCAGUCCGUCCCUUCGACUUCAUCGCCUGGCAGUACCGACUUGUCUUCGUCUCGUCAAGCUUCAGCUAAGCCGAGCACCGGCCCCAUCGGAUCUCGACCUGUAGGACCGCAGACUACUGCUCCCACCUCUAACUCGGCCCUGAACAAGCGUUCGACAACCCCACUAUCCUCGUCCCUAGGCUACGGCUUCACUCCCGGGGAGGCCGCUGCCAACGCAAACGAACGUGCUACAUCCGCAGCCCCCAACCCAGCUGUCACGGCUGCUGCCAACGCCCCCGGCCCCAAGGACCCGGCGGCCGGUGGUGUGGGCCUCGGCUGGUCCAACGGCAGUGGCGUCUGGGGCUCGAAGAGCGGGCUCGGCGUCCAGGCCUCAGUGUGGGGUUGA